UUUUUUCAGGUUAUGUGACUUGUUUAUCACCUGGGUGUCCGUAGGUGUAUGGGAGGUGAGGUGUCACCUUUUCAAAGUGAAAGCGAAAGCGCCAGAUUCCAGGUUUUACCAAUUUGUCAUACUACUUAACGCGGUCGAUUAGAUUUAAAUGAGAGUGUCUGUUUUUAUUAUGAUAAUUUAAAUUGUAUGUGUUAUCGUUAUUUGAAGUCAUAUCUUCAAUCCCAAAUACUCAGGACAGUGCCUCACAUAAGUUAGCCCUUAUUUCCAAUCUUCAUCAGAAUGGCUGUGACCACACGACUGAAGUAUAAGGCUGGUUUACAUCAAGAAGACCACAAGGAAAGGACCAGAACCUCAGAUUUUGAGAAUAAUAAUGGAAAUCAAAAGGAAAAUCUAUCCAACUACAACAGUCCUAACAAGCGGAUCAAUCCUAUGGUUUAUGUUGUCUUCACCUCGCUUCUCCUAGAUCUUUUAGCAUUCACCAUGAUUUUACCAUUAUUUCCAUCCCUUCUUGAUUAUUACAAGAAGAAUGAUGGUCCAUCUGGUCUUUAUUCAACACUGGAAGAUAAGGUUGAUAAGUUUCAACACCUUGUCGGUGCUCCUUUCCAGUUCAAAUCAGUUUUAUUUGGUGGUUUUCUGGGAUCCUUAUUUUCAUUUCUGCAGUUCGUAACGUCUCCAAUAGUGGGUGGACUCUCUGAUGUCUAUGGACGCAAACCUAUUUUACUAAUUUGUUUGGUUGGAAUUAUGGUAUCCUACUUCCUGUGGUCAAUUUCGUAUGAUUUUACAAUUUUUGUGCUGGCCAGAAUAGUAGGUGGCAUCAGUAAAGGCAAUGUUAGUCUAUCAAUGGCCAUUGUCACUGAUUUGUCGUCAGUUUCAAAUCGAGGAGCAGGCAUGGCUUUGGUUGGCAUUGCUUUCUCAGUUGGCUUUAUUGUUGGUCCACUCAUUGGCGCAAUGUUUGCAAGGUGGGCACAAAUGCAGACUGGACUCUGGUUUGUUUAUCCUGCCCUUGUUGCUCUUCUUUUGUCUUUUGCAAACGUUGUCUUUGUUUCUCUCUUCUACAAAGAAUCCCUUCCAAAAGGGAAGCGAUGCAAAUCCCUAGCAAGUAGUGUCUCUCAAGCCUUAGCCUUUAUUAAGGUCAAUGAUCUCUUUCAAUUCACUGCCGUCCAAAAUUUAUCCAAAUCAGAUCUCUUUGAACUGCGCCACCUGGGUCUUGUCUAUUUUGUGUACUUGUUUUUGUACUCUGGCCUGGAAUUUACACUUACGUUCCUGACACAUCACAAGUUCCAUUACACAUCUAUGCAGCAAGGGUAUAUGUUCUUUGGAAUCGGUCUUACCAUGGCACUCCUGCAAGGAUCAUGGGUUCGUCGUAUUCCAAUAAAUGCUGCUCGGAAAACUGUGUCGGCGGGAUUACUCAUUAUCAUUCCAUCAUUCUUGUGCAUUGGCCUGGCUGAAACUAUUCCCGUUCUUUACUUUGGUGUAUUUCUGUUCGCAGUCUCUACAUCAAUGGUAGUUCCUUGUAUGAUGACUCUAGCUUCACAGUAUGGGACAGCAGCUCAGAAAGGAACUGUGAUGGGAAUUUUUCGCUCUCUUGGUGCCCUAGCAAGAGCAGUGGGACCCAUUUUUGCAUCAAUUGCUUACUGGUCAAUUGGAUCAAAAAUUACUUACUGUCUUGGAGCUGUAGCAUUACUAUGGCCAUGGAUCUCCAUCAGGAAAACAGUAAAAUCUCCAGAAAAGACUUCUUAGUACCUACUUAUUCAAUUCAGGUAGUUAAAUAAGCCAGUUGGCGCAGCUUUCAUGCGAUUUACAUCUCAUGAUCCAUCAGGUAUGCCUCCUAAAGUAUCCUAAUCAUGUGCAAUUUUUUAUCGUCUGUGCAACCUUGGAACUGGUUGCUUAUCUAAGUGGGCUGCAUUAUUUUAUUUUUAAUUAAUAGAUAACUAACAAUUUUUCAUGGGCCACUAGACAGGGUACAAAAUGAAGAACUUCAUUUUAUGUUUUCUCAUUGAAAUUUUACGCAAAAUACAAUGAAAGCAAUCAAAAUUUCAGAACGAACUCAUUAGUAAGAAAAUAAUGACUUUUAUCUACGUUAAUUCACACUUCCUGCGCACAGAAAAACGGUAGCUUGAGUCAAAUUGAGCUCUGAAAUAAUGUCGGUAUGUUUUACCUAUUUUUAGCUGUAGUCCUGAAUUUCAUACACUGUGUAGUGGUCCAUUUCUUAGAAAUUGAUUGUCCUUUAAAUUAUGUAAGGUAACUAAAUUUAGAUUUUCCUCCAAGACAAAUUUCAGUCAUAAUUUGUACUGACAAAACCGUGAUGGCACUGUCAACCAAAGGCAUAUUUUUUUUAAACAGUAUUUUUUGCUAUUUUUAUUAUUCCUUAUUGUUCGCGUAAAGUACUUAAUGACAAUCUCAUAUUGUUACAAGACUUUAACUUAAACUUAGAAACUUUAAACUUAAAAAUUAGAUUUAAACAUUAAUGAUUGACUCAUGGUAUUGUUUGAGUCUCUCUGUUAAAUUGUUAAUAAUUAUUAAUAAUCGUUUUUAUUUUUUUUCAAUGCUGCAACUCUAUCGGCAUUCCUAGUUACUUAUUUUGUGAUUUAGAAUUACUUUUUCCUUGCCUUAUCUGAUUAUUUGAGUGACUCUCAUCAUCAUGUAUAGUUGUAUGCCUUGUCUUGACUCAGAUCUGAGUAGAACUAAAUUAUAAAAUGUCAUCGAAAUUUGUAUAACAAUUUCAUGUUUUUUGGCCUAUUUUACAAAUGUAUCUUCAAAGUCAACAAAACUUUACUGGGAAUACAUCGCAGGAAAUUAA